AGACGCACCGUUUUGUUACGUUCAUCACACUUGUCUCGAAUCUCUCACGAAGCACAAACCCGAACCCCCAAAUCCCCUUAUCUCUGUUCUCUCAUCUCGCCGCCGGCCUCCGCGCCUCUGGUGUCUGGAUUCUCGAACUCGCCACCGUUCGUCGCAUUGCACGGAGCUAUUUCUUCGCCGCGCCGCCGCACUCGUCGCCUCUGGUGGUUUUCCUCGCCGCAGCACCCCCUUUUCUGGUCUCCGCAACUUUGUUUUUCAGGGUUUGGUCUUUAUAAGAAAGAAGUAUGCCUCAUAGAACCCGACCUAUGACGGCACUCUUGUUGUUCACUGCACUAAAUACAGUUUUAUGUGCAACCAUUACUCCAGUCUAUGAUUUUGUUUGCUUUCAUCCGUAUUGGGAAAGAAGGAGGGAAAGGCGUCGCCAGCAACGUGAAGCUACUAUAGCUAACAGUUCAACAUAGCCAUUUGGAGAACCUUUUUUAACUAGGGUUUUUAUUGCCCUUUCCUUUCCUUCAUGAUGUAAAUAACCAUGGAAUAUCUUGGAAUGAAAUCUGAAAACUUGGACCUACUUGGCCGUUUUCGUUGGACAUUUUUAUGGCUUAUUAUCAUAUUGAUUUAUUUAGGCCUAAAACCAAAUAGAGAUACAUUUUUUUUUAUUUUGCUUGUUUGGCAGUUGAUUUGUGUUGCCUUUUGAUUCAAAAAUUCAAGUUGGUAAACUUGAGUUAUCAGGGCUUUUUCUUGUGAGUUUUAUUUUAUGUAUCAAUGCAUUUGCCACAUGGUAGACAAGGAAACCACUCAAGAAAUUAGAACUU